AUGACGUACAUCUUUUUCGAAAACCAGGAGUUUCUUGCUAAUGGCUCCAAUGUUGCUCGCAUUUCCUGGAGCGACAUUGAAGGGGCCUUCCAGCACCCUGACCAGGCUGACCUCGCGACAUUUGGCGGCCUCGACUGGACGAAACCAUAUCCGGGCUCUUCAGUUGACGGGUUCGAGGCUCAUCUUCGUAUUGCCAACGAUGUCCCAUGGCCGGACUCCGUCGGCAAGAAUCUGACAACUAAGGUCACUGCCCUCACAUUUGGUCUUCCUGCCGUCUUGAUGGACCCAGGCAAGACUUUGCCUCUGCCAAUGGACCCUACGUGGUUUAUUUGCCGUCACUAUUUGUUAGCGCUCGACCGAAUCCUACGGAACAAAUCGAUCAUGCUUGUGGCUUCCUGUCUGCGGAGUGUCGCGCCGAUUUGGAGACAAGUCUUACGGGAAACUGGUUCCAGGAGGACCCAGACGUUCCUUGCUCGGCACUGA